GCGAGUGAUGUUACCUGGAACCGUUGCCGAAUGCGUGCAGGGUUUGUAACUUUUUCAUCGUUGAUAAUAGCUUUAAUAGCUAUAUGUUGCGAUUUGAGGCGCAUAAGCAAUGUAGACCAUGUUAUGUCACAUAGCACUUGUACAUGCACUGUGUACUAACAGUGGCCGUUGUUUUCCCUUCUUUUUGCUUGCAGCCUACAUCUUCUUUCAGUGCCACGCAUGUGUCCUCCACCUCGCCGAACCUUCAGAGCGCCAACUGUGCUGGUAAUCGUUGUGGUCACUCUGAUUUCCCUCGCGCAGGGACAGAUGUACUGCUUGAAGGAGUACAAGACAAGUCCAAACCACACGGGCUGCAAGAACGCGAAUAACAUCACCACGGUUCCAACUUACGGGCUACAGUCCUUCUACAACGACGUCAUCUUGCAGCUCUUCAACUCUUACCGCAGUAGCGUAGCGGUCGGCAACUGCAAACCGUUACCUACGGCCGCCAACAUGCUGAAGCUGGAGUGGGACAACGAACUCGCCGCUCUGGCGUACCUACAUUCCGCCUUCCUGAUCAACUCUUCGAACUGGCCUCUUCACGACGAAGUGGAGAACCGCUUCACGACGCGUUUCAAGGAAACGGGCCAAAGCGUCGCCGUCAUGCACAACACCACUCACCGGUACGUGUCCUACUGGAACACCGUGAUCCGUGAGUGGUUCGCGGAGCAUCAGAUCAUGAAGUUCGAGGCGGUGGGCUAUUACGACGCGGACGAAUCGACCAGCAACGUCUCGCAGAUGUGGUGGGCCGCGACAAAGCACGUGGGCUGCGGAUACUCGACCAUGCUGAUGCCCAACGGACGCGACUACGAUCACGCUUACGUGUGCAACUUCGGACCGGCAGGCAACGUACGCGGGCGGCCGAUCUACCGACAGGGCGCCACGUGCACCGCGUGUCCCAAGGGGACGAGGUGCGAGCCAACGACGGGCCUCUGCGCGGUCUUCGACGACCCCCCGUUCCCGCCGUUCAACGAAGACGAGAUGCUGCAGCAGCCACCAGUGGGAUACGCCGACGCGCGAGAGCCGGCGGUGACGCUAAUGGUCGUCGCUGCCGCGUUGCGAGUUAUUUCACAGAGGACGGAUAUGCGAUAACAAAAUAUAUACUUCACGUUUUA